AUGGCGGACGGUAAGAGAGGCCGCGUAGGCUACGCGCUGUUGCCAAAGAAACAACAAAGCUUCAUUCAAGACUCACUGCUCUCCCUCUGCAAAUCAAAAGGCAUCGAUCUGGUGAAAAUUGAUCAGGACCGUCGGUUAACCGAUCAAGGACCGUUCGAUUGCGUCCUCCACAAAUUGUACGGUGAGGAGUGGAGGAAACAACUCGAGGAGUUCCAAAUCCAAAACCCUAAAUCAACAAUAAUCGACUCGCCUGCCUCAAUCGAACGACUCCACAACCGAAUCUCGAUGUUACAAGUCGUUUCGGAGCUAAAGAUCGAGUCAGAAACCGACACUUUCGGCAUUCCGAAACAGAUUGUGAUUUACGAUAAGGAAACGCUUUUCGACCGGCAAUCUUGGGAGUUUUUAAAAUAUCCGGUCAUUGCGAAACCAUUAAUUGCCGAUGGUAGCGCAAAAUCGCAUAAAAUGGCUUUGGUUUUUAACCAUGAGGGUUUAAAUAAAUUAAAACCCCCAAUUGUCUUACAAGAGUUUGUUAAUCACGGCGGCGUUAUCUUUAAAGUUUAUGUGGUAGGGGAAUUUGUUAAGUGUGUGAAAAGGAAGUCUUUGCCGGAUGUUUCGGAAGAGAAACUGAAGAGUCUAGAAGGGUCAUUGUCAUUUUCGCAGGUUUCAAAUUUGACUAGUAUUGAGAGAAAUGAUGAUAAGUAUUACAAGUUAAUGGAUUUGGAGGAAACUGAGCUGCCACCUCAGAGUUUUAUUACAGAUAUUGCUAGAGGAUUGAGGAGGGGGCUGAAGUUGAAUUUGUUUAAUUUUGAUGUGAUUAGGGAUGCUAAAAUUGGGAAUAGGUAUCUUGUGAUUGAUAUUAAUUACUUUCCUGGGUAUGCGAAAAUGCCGGGUUACGAGACUGCUUUGACUGAUUUCUUUUGUGAUGUGGUGAGGAACGAGAGGGAGGUGAUGGGGAAGAGUUUGAGCGAGGGAGAGAGUGAGGAGAAAGAGAAAACUGGGGUCGAUAAGCUACUAUUGGUGCGUAAUUGUGAUGUUGAGGUGAGGAAGGUUGUGAGUAUUACUUGUUGUAGUGAUGGGGAAGAGCAAGAGAAAUCACCCAUUCUUCAAGUUUGA